GUUCUUACAAACUGCGGAGCAAUAGUGGAGUAGUGGAGGACCAAAUAGAGCAAGUACUAGGCACCUGUUGCAUAACCCGGCCCUGCUUUGGGUAUCGAAGUCCGUCGAACUGAGCGGAACCGCGCUUAGGUUUAGAGUCGGGAUACCAAUGGAGUCGGGCCGGUGACGAUGCUUGGGAGUAAAUGUGAGAUAGGCUGUAAUGGAGGUAAAGCGGGACUCAGCCUUCCACGACAUGUAUAAGGCACAGCGAGCCCUCCUUUUUCUUUCAUAUUCAUCUUCCAACAUCAUCCACUAUCGAGCCAUUAGCCAUCCCGUCAUCAAAGCAUCUUAUUAAACCCAAUCCAGCAUUUCAACACCUCACACAACGCCAACAUGCCGCCCAUGCAAUACUUCGCAAAGGCUCAGUCAGAGUUCAAGCCCCCGCUAAUUGCCAACGAGAACGCAUUCCUCGGCGACGUCGUUUCGUCUGAGCCCACAAACCCCGACAAGCCCAUUUCCGGUGGCUUUUACCGUCUUGAGAAGGGUACCCCGCUCGAGUACACAUACUCGUACGAUGAGCUGAAGAUCAUUGUCGAAGGCCACUUCUACAUUACUGACGAGACGGGCAAGGAGGUCAAGGGCGAGAAGGGCGAUGUCUUCUUCUUCCCCGCCGGUGCUAAGAUCCUGUUCAAGACGGAUGAUUAUGGUCUGGGAUUCUUUGUUGGACAGAGAAAGAAGGAUACGCUAUAAGGGAAAUGAGCGUGCAAUUGAAUCAAAUUAAAGAGAUAUCCUAGCAAGGAAUAAGAAAAACAUCACAUUACAUCACAUAUCCAGAUUGCGACAUCGUUGCGAAGUGCAUGUUGUCAAUACAGCAUACCAUCAUAGGACUAGCGCCAACCCGAAUUACAAAUCUUACCUCGACG